CUCCCGCUCCCCUCCCCCUCCCCCUCCCGCUUCAACAUCCCAUCAAAGUAAACAAAAAGAGAUACAGAUAAGCAGAAAAAAGAAAGACUUAUGCUCUGAUUAUUCCGGGCCUUUUUCUCCUGAACAAAUUUUGUUGACUCCCCGGAAAGAUCAUCACUCUUCCAUGGCUGCAUGUGGUUUUGGGGCUUCAGGACUUAAGAUAUCAAGCUUGAAUCUGGGUUCUGCCAGACCCAAGUUCAGUGCAUUACAGCCCUUGAAUGGUUUUCCAGUAGGAAUUUUAAAAUUCAAUCAGUUUGAUGGCUUGGAAAUAGUAUCGGCUAGGUCGAGAAGGGCUGUUGCAGGGUGCAAAUUUUCAGCUUCUGAGGCUAUCUUGACGAUCACUGCAAAAACAGAUGAUUCUCCUGAAGGUAUUAGAUCCUCUAAUGGAGCGAGCAAACUCAUUCUGAAUUCGUUCGAGGUGGAAUCACUCAUCAAGGAAGUAUGUGAUACAACCUCAAUUGCGGAGCUUGAACUAAAACUUGGUGGAUUUAGACUGUAUGUGAUGAGGAACUUGGCUGUGCCAACUCCAGCUUCUGCUCCAAUUAGUGUUAAUACAGCCAUUGAUGUACCUAAUGAGAAUGGAUCUGCGUCAUCAACAUCCUUGGCCAUCUCCAAAUCGGAACCUUCUCCAAGUGAUAUACAGACAUCACUGGUUAAGGCAGCAGAUGAAGGCCUUGUGAUGCUUCAAUCUCCAAGGGUGGGAUUUUUUAGGAGAUCAAGGACUAUAAAGGGAAAGCGUGCUCCUCCGUCUUGUAAAAAGAAGCAACAGGUAAAAGAGGGCCAAGUGCUAUGCUUCAUUGAACAGCUGGGCGGCGAGAUUCCUAUCGAGUCUGACGUAUCUGGAGAGGUUGUCAAAAUACUUCGAGAAGACGGUGAACCUGUUGGAUACGGUGAUGCUCUUAUUGCAAUCCUUCCUUCAUUCCCAGGGAUAAAGAAUCUCUAGUGUAGAUACUUGUGCGGCGGCCAUUUCACCUGGAUGAUAUACAGUAUAUCAGAUGACUUGAGGGAAAUCUCUUAGGUGGACUUGUGAAGAGAAUAUGUUUCCAUAGCUGCUAAAAUGUUUUCGCCUUCAAAUUUUUGCACUAGAUGGUUUACCCUUCAUGACGGAUUAAAUAUUUGCUUUUUCUGUUCUUGUGGACAACAAUUUCCAUACAGGCAUUGGAUGAUGCUGAGCAUGUUUCAACAACCGACCGCUGAGUCUUUUUCUU